AUGGGGUUGGUUGGUGUUCAAGGAAAUGGGGGAGUUGGGGAGUUGGGUUUGGAGCCCCACCCCUUAGGCUCCAAAACCAAGUACAUCAGAAUGACCUCUGAUCUCACUGAAGCUGAAGAAGAAGAUGAAGGUGGUUUGCAAACUAGCAAUUAUGAUACAAAGAAAUAUAUCAUUGCAUGUGCCAUCUUUGCUUCUCUCAAUUCCGUGCUUCUCGGCUAUGAUAUAGGUGUUAUGAGUGGAGCAGUUUUAUUCAUUCAGGAUGAUUUGAAGAUAACAGAUGUUCAGGUGGAGGUACUUGUUGGAAUUUUGAGCAUAAUAUCGCUGUUGGGCAGUUUAGCAGGUGGAAAGACAUCCGAUGCUAUCGGCAGAAAAUGGACAAUUGGUUUGGCAGCGAUUAUCUUCCAAACAGGUGGGGCUGUUAUGGCUCUUGCUCCAUCCUUCAAAGUGUUGAUGAUAGGCAGACUCUUGGCUGGGGUAGGUAUAGGUUUCGGUGUCAUGAUCGCACCUGUGUAUAUCGCUGAAAUUUCUCCUGCCAUUGCUAGGGGAUCUCUUACUUCUUUCCCUGAGAUAUGUAUAAACUUGGGAAUCCUUCUCGGUUACAUAUCAAACUAUGCAUUUUCGGGUCUUCCAGCUCAUAUAAGUUGGAGGAUAAUGCUUGGUGUGGGACUUCUUCCUUCAGUUGUUAUUGCUGUUGCACUCUUUUUCAUACCUGAAUCCCCAAGAUGGCUUGUGGUGCAGAAUAGGAUUGAAGAAGCUAGACUAGUGUUGUUAAAGAUAAAUGCAAGCGAGAAGGAGGCCGAAGAAAAGUUGCAAGAAAUUCAGGUAGCUGCAGGUUCAGCGAAUACUGAGAAUUAUGAACCAAAAGCUGUCUGGCGAGAAAUCUUUUGUCCUUCUCCUCCAGUUCGAAGGAUGCUUAUAACUGGUUGUGGAAUUCAGUGUUUCCAGCAGAUAACAGGCAUAGACACCACUGUAUACUACAGCCCCACAAUUUUCAAGAAUGCUGGGAUCACUGGCAAGUCUGAGGUCCUCGCAGCAACUGUUGCUGUUGGGUUCACCAAAACUCUCUUCAUCUUGGUAGCUAUAAUGCUUAUUGAUAAACUGGGGAGAAAGCCUUUGCUUUAUGCGAGCACGAUUGGGAUGACAGUUAGUUUGUUUAGCCUCAGCUUCUCUCUGGCUUUUCUGAGCCAUGCAAAAAUUGGGAUCACAUUGGCAAUUAUUGCAGUUUGUGGAAAUGUAGCUUCCUUCUCAGUGGGAAUUGGCCCCAUAUGCUGGGUGUUGACAUCUGAGAUAUUUCCUUUGAGGCUCAGAGCUCAAGCAUCAGCUCUUGGAGCAGUGGGAAGCAGGGUGAGUAGUGGUGUGAUCUCCAUGACCUUCCUCUCGGUCUCUGAAGCAAUCACAGUAGCAGGAACCUUCUUUGUCUUUGGUGUUAUUUCAUGUAGCGCGGUUGCCUUUGUUCAUUACUGUGUUCCUGAGACAAAAGGAAAGACUCUUGAGGAAAUUGAAGUGCUCUUCCAAGACAAGGAUGAAUUGCAAGAAAAUGAAGUGGAAAUGGGAGAUGUGGAGCGACUGAUGCAGAAGUCAUGA